AUGUACUACUUCGGCACGAACCUGGAGAACCGCUUCUCGGUGCCGGGCUUCUGGCCCACGCAGGAACAGAGUCACAGGAUCCCUUACGAGCGGGACGAGAUCAGGGCCGAGAUCGAGCGUCAUCAGAGGAUGUUGAGGGAGAGACGGACAGAAAUGCAGAGGGAGAGGGAGAGCGAGAGGGCGAAAGAGCACGAACAUCAGCAGGGGCAAGGGCAAGAGAAGCUGCCUACCUGA